AUGGGGGGAGAGAUGGAAAUCGGAAGCCGUUUUCCGGCGAAUGUCGAAUCGCAAAAUCUAUCUCCUUCACAACCCAAAAAGGUUGGAGGAUGGAGAGCCAUUGCAUAUAUUCUUGGAAACGAGUCGUUCGAGAAAUUGGCGUCGAUGAGCCUGGUGGCCAACAUUACGGUUUAUCUACGUACAAAGUACAACUUGAGCGGCAUACUUUUGGUGAAUGUGGUGACGAUAUGGUUCGGGACGGCGAAUGUUUCGUCGAUAUUGGGAGCCGUUGUUUCGGAUGCCCUUAUAGGAAGGUUCCUCACUCUCCUCAUUGGCACCCUUUUUUCCCUAACGGGCAUGGCUGCCAUGACCCUAACCGCGGCCGAACCCAGCCUUCGACCCCCGCCUUGCUCGGCCGACGACCAGCCAUCGUGCAGCAGGCCCCAAGAGUGGCAGCUGGCUUUCCUCUUCAUCAGCCUCGGCAUCAUUGCCCUUGGCGCGGGUGGCAUUCGCCCCUGCAACAUCGCCUUCGGCGCCGACCAAGUCAACGACUUUUUGCGGAAGGCCUGGAAAAUGGCUGCUCGAUACUCUGGCCCGACCUUGGACUCAAAACCCGUAGUCAUCCAAUUAUACUGA